UGUCGCGCGGACUUCUGCAUUACCGCGUCCUGUGUGCAGGAGCUAUAAUAACUGUGAUUGGUGUACGUGUUCCGUUCCGCUGAGAAUUUCCAUUUCAUGGGACAUCGCCCUGAAACGAAACACACGGCCCCCCCAUCUUGCACUUUCUAUGUAUAAAAGUACAGCAAGCGUAGCCAAAAAGGACAGCAUGUGUCACGUCAUAAUAUGAAGAUUAGCGGCUGCAGAUCUUUAAAUGUGGAACACAAUUGAAGUUUACAAGGAAAGAAAAGAUAACUUAUAUCAACGCAAGUGUGAUGGUCAUCGUUAAUUAGUCUUCAAGUUAAAAAGUAUUUUUGCAAGAACAAAUACACAGUUAUGUCUAACAAUAUCACUUUGCCAAAGGCUCCGAAAGAUCUAUGCUUUUCCGAGUUCGAUUUUAUACAGGAUAAUUUUGAUGUUGAUGCUUUCUUGCAAGAUCACAGAAAAAAUGGCAAGCUUGAAACGAUGCGAGAUGAUCUUGGCAUGUACUUAAAAUUAUUGAGAUCUGCCAUGAUUGAUCUAAUUAAUAGGGAUUACACAGAUUUUGUAAACCUGUCCAGUAAUUUAAUUGGUCUGGAUAAAGCUAUAAAUGAUUUACAAGCACCACUUGGACAGUUGAGAGAAGAAGUUAUGCAAGUACGACAAGCCCUAGAUGAUGAAAUUACAACUAUUUCAACUAAUUUAAAUGACAAUCUAAAGAUCAGAGAACGUAAGCAAAGCUUACACAGUUUGCAACAUGUGUACAAAUCAUUGAAGAAGCUUUCGUCCAUAUUAUCUAUGAAAACAUUUAUUGAACAUCCCACAAAGAUUGAUAUUUUGGAACAGGCAGCAAUUGAACUCAAUCAAUUAAAAUUUCAUGUAUCCAGGUGUAAGUCAGAUAUCUCAGUGGAUCAAGAAAAGGAAAGCACAGAAUUAGAAAAUUUAUAUUUAACUUGCCUGAAUGAGUUAUUCUUAGCAUGUAUACAGGAAAAGAAUUCAAGUUUGGCAAUUCGUUGCCUCAGAAUUUAUCUUACACUUGACAAAAUAACAAAUGCUGAAGAAUUAGUGAGGCAUGAACUUGUAAGGCCAUUAAUUUACAAUGUGAUCAAUGAGGAGAAUCUUCAAACUGAUCCACUUGGUCUGCACAGUAUUUAUCAUAGGCUAUUGAACAUUCUAAGUGUAGAAAUGAAACAACUAUUAGAUAUCACAUUAUAUUCUGACAGAAUAUCCGUAAAAGGAUUUAACUUUUUGGUAAAUAGCUUUUGGGUUGAAAUUGAAGAGAAGAUUGAGCAAUAUAUAAAGUCUAUUUUUGCUCCUGGAGAUCCAGUGUUGUUUCAUAAGAGGUAUACAGCGACGCUAGAAUUUUUAAUAAAAUUAGAAAUGGAAUGUGUCACAUCUGAAACUUUGGCGGCAUUAAGGAAUCAUCCACAAUACAAAGGUUUCCUUAAGAAAUGGAAUUUACCAGUAUAUUUUCAAAUUCGAUUUCAAGAGGUAGCCGGAUUUGUGGAGACAGUAUUAGCCGAAUCAGUAUCGCCAGAUUCAAUUAAGGGCAAUCUGGCUUCAUUAACGCAAAAAGAUUUCUCGCUUCACGCAACUUGCAUAAUUUCGGAUAGCUUACUAAGAAUUUGGGCUGAUGAUAUCUAUUUAUACCAAUUGUUUCACAGAUUCUGGAAACUUAGUCUUCAAUUAUGCUCAAGAUAUCAAACCUGGUGUCAAAAUGCAAUGAAACAAGUAUGGCCUGUAAUAAAUGAAACUAACAGUUCAAGUGACUCAGGACAUUCUACAAGAUUGAAUUUUCUAGUAUAUCUAUACACUGAUAUAGAAAAAUUAGUAAACACAUUGCCAUCCUUUCUAGAAAUGGUACAAUCCAAAAUUAAAGACGGGAAUGUUACUAUAUCUAAAUUAUUAGAAGAUUCUCUAAAUGAGACAUCUAAAAAUCUAACGAAUUUUUUACCAUCAGUUACGAGAGAGAUCGUGAAUGAGCUCUCGGAGCAAUGUGUAACACAUUUGAAACAAGUCAGUGACAUUCCUAGAUUAUUUAGAAGGACAAAACGAGAGGUACCAACUAAACCUUGUCCUUAUAUAAAAAGUGCAAUGGUUCCUUUAACCAACUUCCAUAUAGAUUAUAAUAAGUUCAUUCCAGAGACUGUUAUUCUCUGGUUAGAAUUAACGUUGUCGUCACUAACAGAAAGUUAUUUACUAUUCGUUACGGAUGUGUUAACAUCUGUACAAAAGACUGAAGAAAGCUUAAGAAGGUUGAAAAAGAUUCGUGACAAAACUACUGGAAAUCUUUCUUCAGAGUCACAGGGAACUAGCGACGACGAAAAGAUACGUAUUCAGCUUAAAGUGGACGUGGAUGGUUACACAAAUAUGAUCAAAGAUCUUAGUAUCUCCAUCAACAAUAUACAUCAUCUGCAGGACCUAAUAGACGCUGUAGAAGCAGCUAUGAAGAAAUAAUAAUUUUCAACUGUAUGAAAAGAUUUGAUAUGGGGGAAGGAAAAAAUUUAUAAUGUAUUGGCUCUAUUUUUGUAACCGAUAAAUCAGACGAAGCGAAUUCACAGUUUCCGUAGUUCGUUUUCCACAUCUGUUUUGAUAGCCAUAGCGAUCUUAAGUAUCAGAGCGGCAUACAAUACUUGUUUGAAGCAUAUCGUACACAUUAUCGUUUGGAAUAUAUUUGGAUAAUCUUCUGUGUAUUUGCAAUUGCUCAAUCUUAUCCUUUCGACGUAUCAUUUCAAUAAAUAAGCUUAAUAAUGACGCCACUGUUUUGUCAACUGCGUUAUUGCAUGGACGUAAUGCAAUAAUAUGUUAACCUGGAUAAAUAAUAACUCAUGCAGGUUUUAUUUCUAGUUAUGCACAUAUACAAGAUUUUAUCUUGAAAUGUAUAUAUUUUUUCUUAUAUAUUAUAUAAUAUACAUGAAUGUCUUUAUAUAA